UUAACAUUAAUUCAUGAUACACGUUGUACUUCUUGUGACUGUACCAGGUUCUGUGGUCCGGCGACAUCACUGACUGUGCCAUGCAUAUCUCCUCCACGUGUGAGUGUCAAGACCCUGGGUCAGGCCGUGUGGUGGACAGGAGAGUGCUAUACUGCUGUCAUCACACUCUUCCCGGAGCAACUUCACCUGCUACACACGGCGCCUCCCAAACUCUUUGUCACCGGACCGCCCGGUACAGGUAAAACUGUGCUGCUGCUGAUGGGUAUAAAAUGGCUGCUUGAUGGUCACCCCGUCUACAUUGUCAGUACUUGGUUGGGGAGUCGUGCAGCGUGCAUCAUGAUGUAUCACCUGUUGCUGCAGACAGUAAACACACAACAGUCAGCAGGUGUAUCACGUGGUCAGCUUCAACUCCUGCAGUACGAGCUUGACGGUAAAGACGUGGAGAAGGCCGUCAACGAAUUGUCACAGGUGGCGAGCGGAGGGUCGUUGUACGUCAUCGCUGAUGAAGUGAUUGAAAGGUCACACGUCAAGAUUUUCUGUGACAAGCUGCUGACACGAGUUCCUCAUCUCCAUCUGUGGGCGGCAAGUUGUUUGCAUGGAGACGCACCCACCGGCUGGCAAGUGGAAUAUUUAACCAGACCCCUCCGCUCUCCUCCGGCCGUCGUCAGGGAAGUCGAGCAGAGCGAUAUGAUCUAUCCCCAGUUUGUUGUUAAGUCUUACAGUGAGCGAGGUGUGACCGACCACACAGACGGCCCGCCAGUCCGACUACUGUCUCAUCGAAAACAAGGUCACUCAGAUGGCCAGCCAGGUGACUGUGUCACGUGCGGUCGUGAGGUGGCCAGCUUCCUACACAGUCUCCGUGUUGGUGUUACAGAGAAUGUCACGACUGCCUCAACCACUGUCCCCUUCACCACCGGCGGCACACCACCGUCCUGCCUGCAGUGGAGAGACGUGCUGGUGUUGCACUGGGGCGGCUUCAGUGAAAACUCGGGUAUGAUGAAUACGCUGAUAGAAGCGGGUAUCCCAGUGCGGGUGAUGAAGGACGAUGACGUUGAGGACGUGGCCACGGCCCGCAGUGACGUGGUGUGGGUGACUGAUGGAGAUAGUGUUCGUGGUCUCGAGAGAAAAGUCGUCGUCUGUCUGGAUGGCGCUUAUGACAGUGUCCGCCUCCAACUUUACUGCUUGUCUCGUUGCACGGCACAACUUAUGUAUAUACUCAGCACGACCCGGGUGGUCCUCACAGAUUAAUAGCUACCUGUUAAUACCUGUUGUAUUCUUGUGUCUGAAUCUAGUGCAUCAACACUUGUUUUUAGUUGUUCUCUUCCUCUCUCAGUCUUUCCGGACGCCAUCAUUACAUCUCACCACUAACACUCAAAAAAGAUAACAGAUGGCGGCGUGUAUUUCAGUCGCCAAAGGUUACACAGCCUGUCGCCACUUCACCUCAUAAUACAUUUGAUGUAUUUUCUCACACCACGAGCUCCACUUCCAGUUGACACAACAGCUAUCGCCAAUAACAUUUAUUUAUAAAUGUCACGACCUGAAGUCGGACGUGCGCAUUCUUUAAGAAUAAGAAAACAAUACGAGAUCACCUCAGUUCAGGACGUCCGUUUAAUAUACACACAAAAUUUCCAACAUACACACCGUAGACAACUACAAUGAACACAGCACACUCAAUGAAACUGUUAACUUCAUCCAAGACCGCUCUCUGGCAGGUCUUCUGCAGUUUCUUAAACUGCUAACAAAACAACUACAACUUUUCUAAGCACGUUAAUACAUUCAAAAAUGUCACAGAGUCUUUCACUUACACACACACGAAGAGUAACUUUCAAUCUCUCUAAAGUUCCUUUAAGUAGACGCAAGUCUCUCCUUCUGUCAACAAAAUAGUUCAACUUACUGUCUGAGAAGGUGGCAGACGUCACUGGCGAACACAGAACUAUUUUUCCUUGGGUAAAGUCCGCACUCAAUUCUCCUCGUGUAGCUUACUCUUUCCAGUCCUGUCAUCUGCCACUUGAUGUAGGAUACUCUCUCUCGAUCCUCAGCGUCAGGAAUGUUCCUCCUGCGAACAACUUCCCUCACACAACACUGGACUUAUCUCCAUGAAAAAAAAUAACACACAUACUUGUAGACGAUACCAGGCUCCCAGGCCCUCCGGUCGUUAGAGAUCCGUUUCGGCGGGUCCUCCUUACUCGUCCCUCCACAUUCCUUUCCUUGGCAAGGAACUCCAAGCACGGAUUCCGUUGUCGAUAUUCACACAUGUACCCGUAUCACCCGUCUUGGCGGCUGCUUUCAGAAUCUCUCUUUAUCGAUAAUUCCUCUUUCCGGCACUUCCUCCUCGCCGGUAAUUCCUGAAACGCUUAUAUUCUUUUAAAUAUUCUCUUUUAAAUAUUCAUACGGGGCUAAUUAAUAUUUCAACAACCACAUAUUAUUACAUCACAUGGAGGUAGACAAAGAUAUUAAAACAUCACUUUACAUACCUUGUCUAGGCAAGGAAUUCUACUGAUUCCGCACUCUCUUUAUCUCAAAUUACAUUCGUCUGUCUUAGUUGACAACUCGUGCGGGAAUGCCCGACUCAAUACUUUUCUCAAACCCUACCGAUUUGGUGAACAUUUCAUUCACACAUGCAAUGCUUUUUCUGACAUUCUUCCUGCCGCACGUGAGGUCCGAAACUCACGUGGGGUUCACGACCUUUACAUCCGUCAACUAAUUACUCAGUUGCCUGUCCAUGGCAGAGGGGCAACACACACACACACAGGGCUGGCUACGUCACCCCGCUCCCCCAUCUACUUCCUUUCACCAAACUCAGGCGGGAUUGCCGAAAAACAAAGGAGGCACGGACUGAUCCGUGACACAUCAUCGGUAACAUCAAGGCCUCCAUAGUGUAUUUGUCCUCUAGAUAUCAGGGUAAUUGAUAAUGGUUAAAGCUGAUGUAUUAUGUCAAAUAAUAUAUUGUAUAAGCAUCUAAAAUAAACAUAUAUGCGUAUUCUGAUUUAGUUAAUGUUCUUUUCCCAUGUGUGUAUACAUACGUGUGUGUAGAGUUGUCUGUGUUUCUGUGUGUGUGUGUGGGCGUGUGUAUGUGUUGACUGGAAUUUGCGAAUAUUUGCGUUUGUAGUUACGAUUAUCAAUCAGCUGAGUGUAUGUGGAGUGUAUAAACAUAGAUAGCUGUGCGGUGCUGUGGUAGACAUGUGUGAGUUGAGUCCAGACACAGCCCCUCAGAGCUCUCGCCAACUUUGCCGUCCACACUGUUCAUUCCACCCACGCACCUACAGCGAACACCAAGACUAGUU